AUGACCACCAAUUCCUCCCUGAGUUUCACCCAUCCUCCGGCGAGCCUAGGGAAGAGUACGGCAGAGCUGGAUUUGCAUGAAAGGAGUACAAAAAAAGUGAAAGAUGGUGAUCAGGAUACGGCUGGAGGGACAUGGAGUGUGCCUGAAGGGAAGAGGAUCUCGUUCCGAGAUAUUAUUACUGGGAGAAUGGAUGAUGAUAUGGAGGAUGACCAAGUGGAGGAUAGUAACAAAGAAACAGUGGAAGAAGGGCUGGGAGACAUUAGGGUGGAAGAGAUGAUAAUUGGAGGCUAUGAGUGUCCAACUUUUAUCUUUUUUGCGGAGGAAGAACAGAGGAUUCGGAGGCCGUGGCGUCGGGGUGUCAUUGUCAAAUUAUUAGGGAGGAGGAUAGGUUACAAAGCAUUAGAGAAUAGACUGAAUCAGAUGCGGGUUCGUAAAGGCGUCAUCAACAUUAUAGAUCUAAGUAAUGAUUAUUACUUGGUGGCUUUUUCACAUGAAGAUGACAAGACGGCGGCAAUGACGAACGGACCAUGGUUUAUCUAUGAUCAUUAUCUCACGGUUAAGGAUUGGCGUCCUAAUUUCCAACCAGAUAGUGACACUAUAGAUGAAGUGGCGGUGUGGGUGAGGAUAUCAGGAUUUCCCAUCGAGUACUAUGAUUCGAGGGCUUUGACGGUGUUUGGCAAACGUAUUGGGCGUACUAUAAAAGUUGACAAAACUACUACUAAACAAGAACGAGGCAAAUAUGCGCGCAUCUGUGUGGCAGUCAAUCUAUCAAAGCCAUUGCUUGUGAUGUUUAAUAUUGGAAAAAGAAGUUAUAAGGUGGAAUAUGAAGGGCUCCAUCUAUUAUGUAUGUCAUGUGGCAGGUAUGGACAUAAUAAGGAAGGGUGCUAUUACAAGGAGAAGGAGAGGGAGGUUGGUAGUGUAGGAGGUAGCAAUGGUAAUAAUAUUAUCUCUAAUGAUAGUAGCAGCAAUGGAAACAGGCAGUUGCAGAAUGGUGAACCAGAUGGGCCUUGGAAGAUAGUUCAAAAGAACCGAAGAGGGAAGAAAGUGGUAAAGGGCCGGAAGAACAGUGCUCCGGGGAGAGUCAAUGAGAGAGGCAAGAUCGGUGGAUCCAGAUUCCUAGCUUUGGAAAGUUCUGAUUUGGAAAUGAAUGGAGUUGAUGUGGCACUGAAGGAAGGAGAUUUGGAGCAAUCAUUAGAGGUGAAUGCAGAAAUUAUUACCAAUUCUGUUAAGCUCAUAACUGGUAAUAAUGAUGCAUUAAAAAAUAUAGUCAAAGGGACAGCUGGCGCAGAUUGUGUGGGGAAUUCAAGUAGUGGGACAGAGAAUGUUAGAGAUGGAGACAUUGUCAAAUCAUUAAAUACCCUAGGUAUUAGUAAUGAUACGAAUAUGCUGGGGGUUUUUUAA